UCAACAACAAUGAACGAACCUCGGCAACACCAGGUGUCACUGCGUGGAGCCAGUGCCCGGGAAAUUUCGAGGGAUGCGCUUUUGGAGAAGGUUAAUCAAGAAAGGGAACUGAGAAAUUAUACCAAGCGAGCCACCGCCGCCGCGUCAAUUAUACAGAGGCUUUGGAGGCGGUACAAUGGGACGAAAUUGGUAGCAUUGCAGAUGCAGAAGGACUGGGAAAUAAUGAUUAACAAACGGGCUGGUCCUUUUACCGGAAUGCAGAUAUCAAGUGGAGUUUUGAGACCCUUUCUUUUCUUCAUUUUGUAUUUACCAACACGGCUCGGGGAAAUUCAAGUGGCUGAUAGAGAUUGUAUGAUAAAUUGCUUCAAACUUGUUUUGGAGAGCAUAAAUUCAUCUGAUGGGCAUCAGAAUUUUUGCUCAAUGGCAACUGGUACCAUUGAAGAGAGAAAAAUAUGGCUUUACCAAUCAAAGAAAUUGAUCGCUGUUUGCUCGUUCAUUUUAGCAAAUUUUGAUUAUUCCAAACGAGGGGAUCAAGAUGUUUUUCUUACUUCAUUAGCAAUGCGUUUAGCUGUUGUCUUGACUGAUCCGAAAGGUUGGAGAAGCAUUGCCAAUGACAAUCGCGAGGAUACUAAUACCACAAUAAAAAAACUAGUACAAUUUAUUGGUAGUACAAGAAGUGGGUUGUACAAUUGCAUUAGGAAAUUCAUUUAUAAAUUGGAAGCUCCCUUUUCUUCUCUAGGGGUCUCUUCUUGCCAGACUGAUGAUAGAUUCUUGAUAGUAGCUAGUGCAGUCACUUUACUUUUACGGCCAUUCCACAUUGCAGACAUGGAUGUAAAUGAUGAUAGUAUGUUCGAGUGUGCUGUCAAACAGUACUGGGUGUUACUACUUACUAUUCCAUGGCUUGCUCAACGUUUACCCGCAAUACUUGUACCUGCUCUGAAACACAAGUCCGUAUUAUCACCUUGCUUCAGGAUACUACUGAUUUCAAAAGAGAAGAUUCUGGAGGAGAUUUCUGAGAUGGAUCGGUCAAAAAUAACUUCUCACUCCAAAGUGAUGCCACAAGUUGGCUGGGCUCUAGCAAAUUUGGUAUUCCUUGCAACAGGGUGUGACACCAGUGCUCUAGAUUCAGGAAAAUUCACGCCGGGCUUAGACUAUGCAUCUUACCUUCACGUUGUUAUUAUACUUGCAGAGAAAUUGUUGGAUUCACUCGAAAUUUUUGGAUGGAUUAUGGAGGAAGAUGAAGAUAUACUAGGCGAUAAUAAUACUUCUGCUUCUUUUGAACUGUUGCAUGAGGCUGAAAUAACUUGUGGCUCUUCAAAGAUGUUAUACAUGGACCUUUUCAAACCCGUUUGUCAACAGUGGCAUCUUAAGAAACUGUUAUCUUUGUCUAAAGAUUCAUUUACGCUGGAAACUAAUAAUCUGCCAUCAGGCAAUCCAGAUAAUUUAUGGAGGUGUGAAUUGCUCAACAUAGCUAAUUAUUAUUCAUGCAUGCUUCGAAUAUUUUCGACUUUUAAUCCUGUUCUUAAAUCAUUGCCUAUUCUGAACAUGCUGUCCUUUACCCCUGGUUUCCUUUUCAAUUUGUGGGAAGCACUAGAAAAAUCCCUUUUUCCUGAAAAAAGUCAUAUUGGUAAGGGAUACUUGAGCCAUGGAAAUAAAAUCUAUGAGGUCAAAAGGGAUGGAGUUUCUGAGAGAAAGCAAAAGAGAUUUGGUGGAGAUGGAGGCAAUAAAUGGGUUAAUGUGUUCCAUAAAUUCACUGGGAAGUCACAAGCAGAAAAUGAUUGCACGGAAUCAGUCAAUGAACAUUCUUCUGAUGAAUGGGAUGUAGAGCUUCUAAGACGUGGUCCUGAUGGUAUUUCGAAAGAUAUGUCCUGUCUACUACAUCUCUUCUGCUCCACUUAUUCGCACCUGUUAUUGGUUCUUGAUGAUAUAGAGUUUUAUGAUAAACAGGCUCCCUUCACAUUAGAGCAGCAGCGGAAAAUUGCCUCAAUGGUGAAUACACUUGUAUAUAAUGCCUUCUCCCAGAGUAUCAGUCCACAGAACAAACCUCUUGUGGAUUCUGCAACUCGGUGCCUGCAUUUACUAUAUGAAAGGGAUUGCAGGCAUCAGUUUUGCCCUCCUGCUUUGUGGCUUUCACCUGGUAAAAAUAGUAGGCCGCCAAUUGCUGUUGCUGCCAGGACUCAUGAGGUUCUGUCAACUGCAGAUGGAACACCCUCUUCAAGCAUGGGUUCUGUCAUAACUACGACCCCACACAUCUUCCCAUUUGAGGAAAGAGUUAAAAUGUUCAGAGAAUUUAUCAACAUGGACAAAGCAACUAGAAGAAUGGCCGGUGAGGUCGCAGGGCCUGGUUCACGAUCAAUUGAGAUAGUUAUACGCCGUGGUCAUGUUGUUGAAGAUGGAUUCCAGCAAUUGAAUACUCUUAGGUCCAAGAUGAAGUCCAGUAUCCAUGUUUCAUUUGUGAGUGAGUCUGGCCUUCCGGAGGCUGGCCUUGACUAUGGUGGGUUGUCCAAAGAGUUCUUGACUGAUAUUUCUAAGGCAGCCUUCUCGCCAGAGUAUGGGCUUUUCUCCCAGACCUCAACUUCUGACAGACUUCUAAUCCCUAAUACUGCUGCUAGAUAUUUGGAGAAUGGUAUCCAGAUGAUUGAGUUUCUUGGAAGAAUAGUUGGCAAAGCGCUUUAUGAAGGAAUACUACUUGAUUUUUGUUUUUCACAUGUUUUUGUUCAAAAGCUGUUGGGCCGCUAUAGCUUUCUUGAUGAACUAUCGACCCUUGACCCUGAGCUCUACAAGAAUCUUAUAUAUGUUAAGGUAAGUGCUGUAAAUGUAUCACAGCUGCUAAAAGAUGUGACACACCACCUGGCACGCCAAGCCUGUACAAUGCAUGUUGGUACUGACAAUUCAGCUCCGGUGGCGUGUCGGUGCUCAGUGGAAUCAGGGAGCUGGUCAUAUCUGAGUGGUGGUAGUUGGGGAAGCAGACUACGCAGGACAAUGGUUUAUGGAGAGGAGAUUGGGGUAUCUGUGAGUGAUCUUAUAUCCCCUUCUUGGUUAAAGUUAUUUAAUGCAAGUGAAUUCAAUCAGUUACUUUCAGGUGGGGACCAUGACAUUGAUGUUGAUGAUUUAAGGAAAAACACAAGAUAUACUGGAGGUUAUACAGUAGGGAGUCGUACUGUUAAAAUAUUUUGGGAGGUAUUUGCGGGAUUUGAACCAAGAGAACGCUGUAUGCUUCUUAAGUUUGUGACCAGUUGUUCUCGAGCUCCAUUGCUUGGGUUCAAACACCUGCAGCCUGCCUUUACCAUUCACAAGGUUGUCUGUGAUGUACCUCUAUGGGCAACAUUUGGAGGUCAAGAUGUGGAUCGGCUUCCAUCUGCUUCUACAUGCUAUAAUACUCUCAAGCUACCAACAUACAAACGCUCCAGUACUUUGAGAGCAAAACUUCUUUAUGCCAUCAAUUCUAAUGCUGGAUUUGAACUUUCUUAGAAGUUUCUGACAAUCAAUGCUAAAGAUGCUUAUGAUAUCAGAGGAGUCAUUGUACCAAUAUCAGUGGGCUUUGUUAUUAACUCCAGUAGAGGCUGGUAGAUGUCGAAGACUACAAGUUUGAGCCCUGGAAGCUUGCUCUUCAAAAUUUGAGACGUAUUGUUCAGUUUGUUGUUGAAUGACAUAGCAUCUCGGUUCAACCUUGCCACACACUGGUUCCUCCCUGAACCAAAUAACGUAAUGGCUGCUGGCAAACAGCCAGUUGGUGGUAGGGUUGUAACUCCAAUUCGUCUUGCUCCCAGCAGGUAUAAAUUCUGUGAAGAAAUAAAAGUUAAUGUCAAUAUGCAUUCGCGUUCAGAAAAACCGUGCUGUAAGACAAAGUUUGUAAAGGUUUGUAAGUCGUAUGAUUAGGUUCUCAAAUUUACAAUGAGACACCUCACGCUUCACAAAUUAUGUUUUCAGACAUUGCAGUUUACAUACUAUUGUAUUAUACUGCAGUUCAUACUAUAUACAGUUGAACAUGAUCAAAUAAAGUAGAUCAAUAGAGUUUUGCA